AAUUAUUUAUGGCAGCAACACCACUAACUAUCAAUUAAGUCAUUAGACAGAAAAUCACAUUUCAUUACCCUUCUACCUACGCAUUAGUUCAAAUUCAACAAUAACCCUUUGCUCAACUUACCUCUCGAUCUUCCUGCACACAACCACCACUACUUUUUCUCAUCUUACAACUACAAUUACCACUAUCACCAUGACGAAUACCUCCCCCGACGACACAGUCUUUGAGGACGCCGUCAAUCACUCGUUCGCAUACGGCCCUACCGCCAUGCACGUCCCCUCCAGCGCUUUUUCCCACCUCCAAAAGCUUCCGGACGCGUCCAGCGUGCGUUUCCAUCAACACCAGCACCAACAACACCACCAGCCACCGCCAACAAACGAUGUUUCUGUCCAAACAGCUGCCAGAACAGCCGUCACUGAUGCUGAGUUGCUGCAGUUUCGGCUUCACCGCGAGAAACUCGCCCUAGCAGCGUCCAGACUCGCGGUAGACGCCCAGCGUCCUUCCCCCGCCAGUAACUCUGCAAAUACCAGCAAACCUCCUCCCAUCUACUACCGUCCGCCAUCCUCCAACAUCAAGGGCACCCAGUUCGGCAUCCAGAGCUUUUUGCCCCCCGGUGUGGACAUCUCCAGCGCCAAAAAGCACACCACCAACCACGUCCCUCUCUACAUCAACAACAAGCGCCCCCAGGCACCUCCCACAGUGAAGAGCACAAUUGAGGCGCUCCAGCACCAGCAGCGUCCCGAUCUCCAGGAGGACGACGUGGAUGAGCAUUCAGAAGGACCCUCUGGUGACUGGACAAAUCCCAUCAUGAUCCAGGCAUUGGCCCGCCAGAUCGACAGGGAAAGCUACACCAGACGCUUGUUGCAGAACGUGCUCUACCUCUUGGGGUUCCAGUUCGUGCGCACGUUGGUGACUAAAGUAUGGGAACUCUACCAGACCCGCAAGAAGUCCCAGCUCCAAAUUCAGUAUAACUUGCACCAUCCGUUGGCAGGCUCGCAGGAGCUACUUGCGCCCGAUGCCACACUCGUGGUGGCAGUGGUGUGCUGGGCAGUGGUGGUGAUUUUUGGCGUCAAUAUUGUGGGAUCUGCAGUCAUGCUCUUAAAGGGCCAGGACCAGUGCUACGACUUGCCUCUUAGCGACUCCCAGAGAAGAUUGAUCGGGUUAAAGGCCCGUUACGACCGUGAGGACGAUGCCAGCGACCAACUGGCGGAAUUGGAGUUGAAACAGCGUCGUUAUGCCACCACAGAACCUGUUCCUGCAUUGCCCAAAUACACCAAGUUAAACCAAUACGAACAUUACAAUUUUGGAACUUCUACCAGUGUUACUGAGCCUGAGAUCCAGUUGUCGUUGGCAGAACCCCAAAACAGGCGCUUUUUGGGAGGACCAGUGGCCAAGCGGGUGGAGGUGAGUGCUGAGGAGCGGGAGCAGUUUACAAAGAACUUUUCCGUGCGUUUCUGAUAGAGCAAACUGUUUUGGCAAAGCCCAAUGCUUUUAAUGGCUGGUAAUGCCUUUCCAUGCAUUUUUAGAACACUUUUCGGGCUUAUUUGAUGUCUGGAGGGGCCAGAUGGCAACAUCACCUUCAAGCCUGGAUACACCUAGUUCAUCAACAAGUCUCGUAACUGGAGACAAACGGAAUACCUGUAACUAUAGUACUUAGCAUUGAAUGAGACAUUUCAUGAUCUUGUAAUGCUGAGUAGGUAGUUGAGUCGAGAAAUGAUAUUCGAAAGCUACAGGCGG